AUGCAGUGGCUGGACCGGUCCCGGUGGACUACCGUCCCCUUUUAUGCCUUUGUGAUAUUCGUUGUUGCGUGCGGGACUAUGCCCAAAGGUUAUGAUGAGGGAGGGUUCAGUGCCAGCGUUAAGCUCCCCAAGUUCGAGGAGGACUAUAACCUCAUCAAGUCGCAUUGGAAGCACGAUCCCUCGGGCCUGGCUAAUCGCAAGGCCAACAUCACGUCCUUCCAGGUGCUGGGCGCAGCCUUUGGCGCGCUAAGCGGCCUGGAUCUGAACGACCGCCUUGGUCGCAUGUCGUCGUGGCGACUCGGAGUCAUUGUAUGGGCAAUUGGAACCCUGAUCCAGAUCUUUUCUUCCGGGAUCUAUGGCUUGCUGCUCUUUUCGCGUAUUUUCGCUGGCUUGGGGGCAGGUCUGUUGACCGUCACUGCCCCCAUGUACUUGACGGAGGUCGCGCCCCGGAAGACCCGCGGGCUGGCUGUCGGGUUGACAAUGGUGACCCUGCUGGGUAUCCUUGCUCUGGGUUUCUUCAUCAACUAUGGCGCCAGUCUCCACAUGGCACCUACCCGCACUCAGUACCGUCUCGUCCAAGCCAUCCCCUUGAUCCCCGUCGGUAUUGCGUUUUUCUUUUCCUUCCUUAUCCCCGAGACGCCCCGGUACCUUAUAUCGAAAGAGCGCCAUGAAGAAGCAAGGCAAGUCCUCGCACGCCUGCGCGGAAAGGCCAUCGACGACCCCAUCCUCACAGCCGAGUUCGAAGAAAUCGACAACCUGGCAAAGUCGCGCGCAGAAUCGAACUCCGUCUCCAUCUGGCAAGCACUGAAGGAAUCACAGAUCAACCCCAACUACCGCCAGCGCUUCUGGCUGCUGAUGGCCAUGCAGACUGUCGCACAAUGGAGUGGCGGUAACGGUAUCACAUACUACGUCUCGACCAUCUUCCAGUAUGCCGGCAUCACUGGUGAAUCCCAGUCCCUCGUUUCGUCUGGUGCAUAUGGUGUUGUCAAGCUGGUGUUUACCGUGGCUUUCACCUGGGGCUUGAUCGACGUUUUCGGUCGUCGUCACUGCGCUCUUGUCGGCCUUUCCUUGCAGCUCGCGGCUCACAUUUACAUGGCUGCGUACAUGGGGUUGCAGCCUGGCUCGGGCCACAACGAGAAUGCUUCCAAUGCUGCUGUUGCGUCUGUGUUCAUCUACGCCGUUGGCUGGUCCAUCGGGCUCUGUACCAUUCCUUAUCUCUACGGCUCAGAGAUCUUCCCCACCCGUAUCCGUGGCGUGUGCUACGCUAUUAGUAUGGGCGUGCACUGGUUCUUCCAGUUCGCUGUUGUGCGUGUCACCCCUAACAUGUUCGCGCUGGAUGUCUGGGGCGCCUACCUGUUCUGGGCCUUGAUCUGUUUCCUCGGCAUCAUCAUCCUUGGUGUCUGGAUGCCGGAGACUUCGAACGUCCCCAUCGAGCGUAUGGGCGAGCUCUUCGAUGGUCCUUGGUACCUGCGCUGGCGUGCAAAGCUCAAGGACAUCGAUGAGUCUGCUACUAUGUCGUCGGAGGAAUAUGAGUCGCACGUCCAGCCUCAGCUCAAGUCUUCGACUUAA